GAGAUUCCAGAAGGUGCACCAAACUGUUUAACUGGGUUAACAAUGGUGUUUACAGGUGUGUUACCAAAUUUACCAAGAGAUGAUGCUGAAAAUUUAGCUAAGAAAUAUGGUGCAAAAGUUACAAAAUCAAUCUCUUCGAAAACUUCUGUUGUUGUUUUAGGUGAAGAAGCUGGUCCAAGUAAAGUGCGGAAAAUAAAACAAUUGAAGAUCAAGGCAAUUACCGAGGAUGGGUUCAUUCAAUUGAUCAAAGGUAUGCCAGAAGAAGGUGGUGGUGGUGCAGAAGCUGAGAAGGCUAGAGCUAAAAGAGAGGAAGAAGAAAGAAAGGCAUUGGAAGAAUCAGUUAGACUGCAAGAAGAAGAAGAAGCUGCCGCAAAGAAAAGAGAAGCUGCUAUAAAGAAAGCCCAAGCUUCUGGUGAUUAUGCAAGUACCUCUAAGUUGAAAACUGAUGCUGAAAAGUUAUGGACUGUUAGGUAUGCUCCUACAAGCACAUCACAAAUUUGUGGUAACAAGAGCUCAGUCACAAAAUUACAAACCUGGUUAGAACAAUGGCCCGCAAAAUUUGGAAAUAGGAAACCUGCUAAAGGUGAGUCUGAAAUGAGGGCUGUCUUGAUUCAUGGUCCUCCUGGUAUUGGUAAAACUACAGCUGCACAUCUUGUUGCCAAAUCUUUAGGUUAUGAUAUUUUGGAGAAGAAUGCAUCAGAUGUUCGUUCAAAAGGUUUACUUAACGCAGGUGUUGGUAAUAUUUUGAAUAAUAGUUCAGUUAUGGGGUUCUUCAAUCCUUCAGAAUCUAAAAACUCAAAUGGGGAUAAGUUUUGCUUAAUCAUGGAUGAAGUUGAUGGUAUGUCUGGUGGUGAUAGAGGUGGUGUUGGGCAAUUAGCUUCAUACUGUCGUACAACUCAAGCUCCAAUUAUUUUGAUUUGUAACGAUAAAUCAUUACCUAAGAUGAGACCAUUUGAUAGAGUUACAUUAGAUAUCCCAUUCAGAAGACCUUCAGCUAAAGAAAUGAAGUCAAGAUUAAUGACUAUUGCAUUGAGAGAAAAAAUUAAAUUGGAUCCAAAUAUCAUUGAUCAAUUAGUUCAAGCAACAAGUAAUGAUAUAAGACAAAUCAUUAAUUUAUUAUCCACAGUUUCUAAAACUCAAAAAAAUAUUGAUUCUGAGAAUUCAAACGAUAUAAGUAAAGCAUGGCAGAAAAACAUUGCAUUAAAACCAUUUGAUAUAAUACCUCGUUUAUUAAGUGGAUCUAAUUAUUCCAAAAAUUCACAAGUCCCAUUAUACAAGAAAAUGGAGUACUAUUUUGAUGAUCAUGCAUUUGUUCCAUUAAUGUUGCAAGAAAAUUAUCUAAAUUCUAAACCAGCAAACGGUGGAUCCAAGUUGAAACAUUUGGAAUUAGUUGCUAAUGCAGCAGAAUCUAUAUCUCAAGGUGAUUUAGUGGAUCGUAAGAUUCAUAGUGCAGAACAACAAUGGAGUUUGAUGCCACUGCAUGCAAUUAUGUCAACAGUUAGACCUGCUUCGUUUGUUGCAGGUUCAUUAGGUGGUCGUGUUAAUUUUACUGCUUGGCUAGGGCAAAAUUCAAAAGCUGGUAAAUAUUAUAGAUUAUUGACCGAACUACAAUAUCGUUCAAGAUUACGUACAUCUACUGAUCAAGUUGAAUUUAGAUUGGAAUAUAUCCCAGUUUUAGCUAAAAAAUUAUUAGAUCCUUUAGUUGAAGGUGGUGCUGAUAGUAUUCCAGAUAUUAUUGAAAUAUUAGAUCAUUAUUAUUUAAACAAGGCAGAUUGGGAUUUCUUGAUGGAAUUUCCUAUUGGUGAAGACGUUACCCAAGCUAAAUUAAAAAAGAUUCCAACUGCAACAAAAUCCAAAUUCACAAGAAAGUACAAUUCAUCAUCUCAUCCAAUCUCCAUCUAUAGACCUGGGUUAUCCACUGGAGUCUCCAAACCAAAGAAAGAUGCACCAGACCUUGAUGAUGUUGUGGAGGAUGAUCCAGAACCAGAAGAAGAC